CAGACAACUGUAUACCAGGACAGAAGUUAAAGCAUGAGCCAGGCAGCCGGUUGCCCUGUUUUCAGUCUGCCCCUGCAGAGCAAUAUAUCCUUAGCCACGGUGGCGAAGAAGACAGCCGUAACCUAGACACGGCCGGAGCCGUAUACGAACAUUGGACGAGGCACAAGGCUGAGAAGGGACGAUGGGCACAAACCAGGACCGGGGGGAAGAGGCGGUGUUGCCAGAACACGAACACGGGCACAAAAAGGCGACUGCGAACGCGAGGCACGCGCGCGCGAGAGAAAGAAGGGCGCAAUCUUCGCCCGCUGGCGGUAGGGGGGGUCUCAGGUUGGCAGCCUUUUUGCCUUUUUUGUUUUUUUUCCACUUUGAGCAUUGUUUGCUUGCCUCAUCCCACGCACACACACACACACACACACUCUCUCUCUCUCUCUCUCUCUUAUCCAGCCGGCCCAUCCGGCCCAUCCUGCUGACCGGGCGGCAACAAAAGGGGCAAUACAGUCGUCGCCUAUCACGAGGGGGUUGUCGGGCCCGACUCGGAGAAGGCCAGGUUGCAUCACACAAAGAAAAUGGCAGACGCUGUCCUCCCCUCCCAUCCCCACGCAUGCAGACACACCCCCUUUUGCUUCACGACGGAUUGCGGGCGCGUACCACUCCAGAUGGCGUUCAGGUCAGCCUCAGGUGGGAAACGGCAAUGAUCCCACGGCACGGGGGAGGCUGCGUGCUGGGCAUUGCCGUCAGUCGUACAACCGCACAAAAAAGGAAACCGCGAAGUGCGUGUGAAUGAAGGCACCUCUAGGGGGAGGGGGUGAUAAGAAGGCCGGCUGCGAUGCGCAUGCAGCCAAGCUACGGCGAUUGUGUUAUAGACCAUAGAUAGAAACCCCCCAAAGGGGCCCGGCG